GCCCUAGUAUUCUAGGUAUAAGAAUCGUCUUCAUUGUGUUCGGACGCAUGUUGAGUGUGCAACCGUAAAUUUGGUUAUAAUUUUAAUUUAUAUACGUAAAUAUUAAUUUAUAUAUAUUUGUGUAUAUUAGUGAUAAUGUCCAAACGACUUAUUGCCGACAGCAGAAGGCUUUUGCCGCACUCCUCCAUUCGAUGGACCUCAAGUUUAUCACAGCACUCCGAGUUGACGGCAGCAAUAAGAAAUCAAGGACAGAGCGAGAUGCCUAAGUGUGAGCACACACCAAAGGCUUAUGUCGGACCCAGCUAUGAACGCAUCCUUGAGACAAGACGCACCCAUCUGACUCCCAAUCUGUUAGCGCACUUUAAGAAACCUCUGGUGAUCCACGCAGGACACAUGCAGUGGCUGUUCGAUCACGAGGGACGUCGAUACUUGGACAUGUUCGGUGGAAUUGUUACCGUAUCUGUGGGACAUUGUCACCCGAAAGUUAAUCAAGCACUGAGCGAACAAAGUUCUAAACUGUGGCAUACGACUAAUAUUUAUAUGCACCCCAAGAUUCAUGAGUACGCCGAACGACUAGUAGCAAAGUUUCCGGGUAAUCUGAAAAGCGUCUGCUUCGUGAACUCCGGCUCAGAGGCAAAUGACAUGGCCAUGCUCUUGGCGCGAAUGCACACAGGCAACCAAGACAUUUUGUCACUCCGUAACGCUUACCACGGAAUGUCCCCGUACACGAUGGGUCUGACCGCGCACUCAACUUGGCGCUUUCCCCUUCCCGGUGUUAACAACGGAUUAAUACACGUAAUGAAUCCGGACCCGUACCAGGGUAUAUGGGGAGGCUCAGCCUGCAGAGACUCACCCGUGCAAACUAAGCGCGAGUGUCAGUGUCAGGACUCGUGCCAAGCCGAAGACGCAUACUACAACCAACUGGAGGAGACAUUUAAAUUCUCGCUACCUCGCGGAAAAGUCGCAGCCAUGUUCGCAGAGUCGAUUCAGGGCGUUGGGGGCACAGUACAAUUCCCCAAGGGCUACCUAAAGCGGGCAGCUAAUCUUGUCAAGUCCAACGGUGGUCUAUUUGUGGCAGAUGAAGUUCAGACUGGGUUUGGACGCACUGGAGAGCACUUCUGGGGUUUUGAGGGUCACGAUUAUCUGCCAGACAUCGUGACAAUGGCAAAAGGAAUAGGUAAUGGAUUCCCCUUGGCAGCUGUAGUCACCACGCCUGAGAUUGCCGCAUCACUAGGUGAGGCUCUACAUUUUAACACAUAUGGUGGCAGUCCCUUAGCUAGUGCGGUUGGACUUGCUGUGCUAGAUGUUAUUGAGGAGGAUGGACUCCAACGGAACUCAUUGGAUGUGGGCACCUAUUUCCUCAAGGGCUUAGCCGAGUUGCAGCAACGAUUUGAAAUUAUAGGAGAUGUUCGUGGCAAAGGGCUAAUGAUCGGCGUGGAACUGGUCGGUGAUCAUAAGAAGCGGACGCCCCUGCCUUCCCCGCAUGUUCUGGAUAUAUGGGAGACGUGCAAGGACCUCGGAGUGUUGUUCGGACGUGGUGGGCUACACGGAAAUGUGUUACGCAUUAAGCCGCCAAUGUGUAUUAAUAAAACGGAUGCAAAAUUCGCCGUGGAUGUGCUCGCCGAAGCCAUCACUUUGUCACUCACCAAGAAACACUAGUCUUGAAGCCUUGGUCUCUACGGAGCCUUUGUGGGACGAUUGGCUCUCCUUUUUGCAUUUAUUAUUAUAGUGACAGUAGUAUGGUAUAUAUACACAUCCAGUAUCGGAAAUGUUUACUAACGUAGACCAUUUCUACCCCAUUUGAUUUAUUUUGCCCGUGGUUUGGAUGCAAAAUUAAUUGGUUUAUUUUUUUUCUGCAUAGGAAUUUUACAUAAACUUUAGUUAAUUAUAAUAAUUAUUAUAAAUGAUGAAUAAAAACUUGAACAGACAGUAAACAGUGUUAUUAAAUAAAAAUAAUGGAAAUUUUAUAAGAUA